AGGCAACCCCUCCACCCUCUAAUUUUGUGCCGCUUCUUCCUCUGCUUUUCUCUAUCUCUGGGACUUGUCUUCUUUAGUUCUCUCUCCGUUUCCUCCUUCGUUGCUACGAAAAUGGCCUCUCACAUUGUUGGAUAUCCCCGCAUGGGACCUAAGAGAGAGCUUAAAUUUGCUUUGGAGUCUUUCUGGGACAAGAAGAGCAGCGCCGAAGAUUUGCAAAAGGUUGCAGCUGAUCUCAGGUCAUCCAUUUGGAAACAAAUGUCUGGUGCUGGGAUCAAGUACAUCCCUAGCAACACUUUUUCUUAUUAUGAUCAGGUGCUUGAUGCAACGUCAAUGCUCGGAGCUGUUCCACCUAGAUAUGAAUGGAAUGGUGGAGAGAUUGGAUUCGACACUUACUUCUCGAUGGCCAGAGGGAAUGCCUCUGUGCCUGCCAUGGAAAUGACCAAGUGGUUUGACACCAACUACCACUUCAUUGUUCCAGAAUUGGGACCUGAUGUUAACUUCUCUUAUGCAUCUCACAAGGCUGUUGAUGAAUACAAGGAAGCUAAGGCGCUUGAAGUUGACACUGUCGCAGUCCUUAUCGGCCCUGUCUCAUACCUGUUGAUGUCUAAACCAGCUAAGGGUGUUGAGAAGACCUUCUCUCUUCUCUCUCUCCUCCCAAAAAUUCUCCCCAUCUACAAAGAAGUUAUUGCUGAGCUUAAGGCUGCUGGUGCCUCAUGGAUUCAGUUUGAUGAGCCGACCCUUGUCUUGGAUCUUGACUCUCACCAAUUGCAAGCUUUUACCGCUGCUUAUGCUGAACUGGAAUCCACUCUUUCUGGCUUGAAUGUUCUGAUUGAGACCUACUUUGCUGAUCUCACUGCUGAAGCAUACAAUACCCUCAUCGGAUUGAAGGGUGUCACUGCUUAUGGUUUGGAUUUGGUUCGUGGAACCCAGACCAUUGAGUUGGUUAAGAGCAAUUUCCCCAAAGGCAAGUACCUCUUUGCUGGAGUUGUUGAUGGAAGGAACAUUUGGGCUAAUGAUCUUGCUUCUUCACUAAGCACCUUGCAGGCCCUUGAAGUUGUUGUGGGCAAAGAAAACCUUGUGGUGUCCACCUCCUGCUCGCUUCUCCAUACUGCUGUUGAUCUGGUAAAUGAAACUAAGCUGGACAAUGAAAUCAAAUCCUGGUUUGCAUUUGCCGCCCAGAAAGUUGUCGAAGUCAAUGCACUUGCCAACGCAUUGGCUGGUCAGAAGGAUGAGGCCUUCUUCUCCGCCAACGCUUCAGCUCAGGCUUCAAGGAAGUCCUCCCCAAGGGUGACCAACGAGGCUGUUCAAAAGGCUGCUGCUGCUUUGAAGGGUUCUGACCACCGUCGUGCUACAAACGUUACUGCUAGACUCGAUGCCCAGCAGAAAAAGCUUAAGCUACCAAUCCUGCCCACCACAACCAUUGGAUCUUUCCCUCAAACCUUGGAACUCAGGAGAGUUCGCCGUGAAUUCAAGGCUAACAAGAUCUCAGAGGACGAUUAUGUUAAAGCCAUUAAGGAGGAAAUUAAGAAGGUUGUUGAUCUUCAAGAAGAGCUUGACAUUGAUGUCCUGGUUCAUGGAGAGCCCGAGAGAAAUGAUAUGGUUGAGUACUUCGGUGAGCAAUUAUCUGGUUUUGCUUUCACUGUUAACGGGUGGGUGCAAUCUUAUGGAUCUCGUUGUGUCAAGCCACCAAUCAUCUAUGGUGAUGUUAGCCGCCCCAACCCAAUGACUGUUUCCUGGUCAUUCACAGCCCAAAGCAUGACUAAACGCCCGAUGAAAGGAAUGCUUACUGGACCCGUCACCAUUCUCAACUGGUCCUUUGUGAGAAAUGAUCAGCCGAGAUUCAAGACUUGCUACCAGAUCGCCUUGGCCAUCAAGGACGAAGUCAAAGAUCUCGAGAAGGCUGGCAUCAAUGUUAUCCAAAUCGAUGAGGCUGCUUUGAGAGAAGGGUUGCCUCUAAGGAAGUCUGAGCAUGCCUUCUACUUAAAAUGGGCUGUCCACUCCUUUAGGAUCACCAACUGUGGUGUUCAAGACACCACCCAGAUCCACACCCACAUGUGCUACUCCAACUUCAAUGAUAUCAUCCACUCGAUUAUCGAUAUGGAUGCUGAUGUGAUAACCAUUGAGAACUCUCGUUCGGACGAGAAGCUUCUGUCGGUGUUCCGUGAAGGAGUGAAGUAUGGUGCUGGAAUUGGUCCGGGAGUGUAUGACAUCCACUCUCCCAGAAUACCAUCAACUGAAGAGAUUGCUGACAGAAUUAACAAGAUGCUUGCGGUGCUGGAGACAAAUAUCUUGUGGGUUAAUCCUGACUGUGGGCUCAAGACUCGCAAGUAUGCGGAGGUGAAACCGGCCCUCGGCAACAUGGUUGCUGCCGCCAAGCUCCUACGUACCCAACUCGCCGGUGCCAAGUGAGAUCCUCAAGCCAUAACCAUACCAGAGAGAGAAGGGAUUUUUCUUUUAUUUUGUCAUUUGAAUAACCCUGGUUUCCUGCUCGAGUUUCUUUUUUUUGUUUUCUCUAAAUAUUAUGUACGUUUUGGGAAUAUUAUAUAUAUUUGCCGUCUUCAA